AUGAAAGUUAUAAUUGCCUUGAAUACGAUCACUUUGCUUCAGCCAGAUGACUGGCAUGCCCACCUGCGUGAUGGUCUUGCCUUAAAACGUACAGUUCCAGAUCUAGCCAAACAAUUUGCCCGUGCGAUUUGUAUGCCGAACCUCGUUCCACCUGUGAAAACUGUAGAUGAAGCGAAUGCUUAUCGUGACCGUAUUAUGGCACAUGUCCCUGAAGGGGUUGAUUUUGACCCACGUAUGGUACUGUAUUUUACCGACCAUACUUCUCCAGAUGAAGUUCGCAAAAUCAAAGAGUCUCAAUUCGUCAAUGCAAUUAAACUCUAUCCUGCUGGUGCAACAACCAACUCGGAUAAUGGUGUCAGUGACAUUCGUAAAGUCUAUGCAGUGAUUGAACAGCUUGAAGAACAUCAAGUGCCAUUACUAUUACAUGGUGAAGUUACCCAUCAGCAUGUGGAUAUUUUUGACCGUGAAAAACGCUUUUUAGACGAAAACAUAUUACCACCAGUGAAGCCGCGCAUUUUGUGCUUGAACAAGAUCGUAAUGUUGCUGCGACGAUCACACCACAACAUUUAA